AGCGCUAGUGUUUGCGUUCACAUAUGAAAUAAAAAUGAGGGCCCAAUAUAUCAUUAAACCAAUAAUUUGUUGUUCUCUAGUGAUAUGUUUAAUGUACAUUUAUAUGACAGUGAAAUAUAGUAGCUUUACUAAUACUAAUAAAUUUUCUGAAACAUUACAAAUGGAAGGUGAAGUAAAUGGUUUUAUAAAUGUACGAAAUGUGAGUGAAAAGCGAACAAAUCUUAAAUACAUACUGCAAUGGACGUCACCGACAAAUGUGCCGUUUGUUUACAUGGGCGUUGGACAGCAGGGGUUUAUCGAUCGCAAUUGUUCGCACACAAACUGUUAUGUGACAAGUGAUAGGAAUUAUUUGGGUGAUUAUACUAAAUUUGAUGUAAUAGCUUUCGCAGGACCUGAAGUAGUACGCUUUUAUGAUACAAAAGAACUACCUCUGAAGAGAUCGCCCCACCAAAAAUUCGCGUUCGCAUCAAUUGAAUCGGCUGAUAACUAUCCCGUCUGUUCCAGGAUUCUGGAUAACUUUUUUAAUUGGACUUGGACUUACAGGUUAGAUUCGGAGGCAAAAUGGGGAUAUAUUGUCAUAAGAGAUUCUGAAAAUAAAAUUGUUGGACCCAAAACAAAUAUGCAUUGGAUGAAACUAGAAGAUAUGGAUCCAGUUUCAGAUAAUAUUAGAGAAAUAAUAAAAAGUAAAACAAAAGCAGCCGCUUGGUUUGUUUCUAACUGCUAUACAAAAAGUAAAAGAGAGGUUUUUGUUAAAUCUCUACAGGCUGAACUGAUAAAUUAUGAUCUUAAAAUUGAUAUUUACGGCAAAUGUGGACCUUUAAAGUGUCCCCAUGAAAGUGAUGAAUGUAACAAAAAGCUAGAAACCGAUUAUUACUUCUAUCUAUCCUUUGAAAAUUCAUUUGCAGAAGACUAUGUUACUGAAAAGCUAUUGCAUUCUUUGCAAAACAACGCCGUACCUAUUGUUUUCGGAGCUGCUAACUAUACCAGAUUCAUGCCAGAUGGAAUAUAUUUAAAUGCACGCGAAUUAGGAGUGAAGAAACUAGCUGAAAAGAUGAAUGAAUUAAUUGAAAAUCAAGAAAUGUAUAUUGAAUAUUUUAAAUGGAAAAAUCAUUAUUCUUAUUACAGAAGGUUUGAGAGUAUCGAGACUGAUGAUUACUGCAGAUUCUGUUCCAUUCUUUAUGAUGAUGAAUUGGUAAAGAAAAAAUCAACGUAUGAAAAUUUUAAGGAUUGGUGGAAUCCACCAAAUAGAUGCUGAUGGUGUGAUAAAAUUAAAAAGACUUACGUUGCCUACGAGUUAAUGUGAUUAUAUAUGUUGUUAGCGAAACUUCCGUACGAUAUAUAGGGUGUAACCAGCCGAUUAUUUCGUAACUAUUACAGAUAUCAAAAAACGUUAUACUGAUAUCGAAAGUACGUUACCUAAUCAUUAAAAUGACAUCAAUAAGUUUAUAAAAAUCAGUUUCGAUAUCAGUGUGUCAGUUAAAGUGCUUUGAUAUGUGUAAUAGUUACGGAAUUAUCGCCUGGUAACACUUAACGAUUACAACCUACCUACUUGUUGUAAAACAUCAUAACUUCAUAAAUUCCAGAAAGAUUUAUAACAUCAAAAUAGCUUUUUCAUGAAUCCAUUCAGUAAUCCAAGCUAAUGUUAUAAAGAGGAAAAAUUUGUGUUUUUGUACGUAUGUUUGUAAUGUUUUCACACAAAAACUACUAGACUAAUUUCAUAAAGUUUUUCACCAUAUAAGAUAUAAGCUAUACUACAUUUUUCAAAAAAAUAGGGAUCCCUAAUAAAAAUUCAAUUACAUAACGCAAGGUGUUAAAAAUACUGUCAUCGCGUACGCUGCGGAAACUAUUGAUGAUAGAACAGAAAUGUUCUACAGUAUUAUAGAACGUAGAAAAAUCCGCGAUUCCAUAGUUCAACUUCCGUAGUUGUGCCACUAUAACUACAUUUUUUCAUUUUAAAAGUUCAUAUAAGUGCCGAAAAUAAUCAAACUAUAUUAUUCAUACCUCUGUAAUAAUCUUUAUCUCAGUUAAAAGAUAAGAUAUUUUAUUAAACACUGUUUCAAUACCUGUAAAAUACUUUUCAAAUUAUUAAAAUCGGACAUUUCAUUUAAAUGAUAUAACGAGUUGUCAAUCAUAUGAAAAUAAUGCAAUAAUAAAAUAGCAAUAAAUCUUUAGUCCGAAUUAGUAGAGUUUUGUAGAGUUUCCUCUACCACGACAUCGGUAUCUAAGCGAGUGAAACCGCGAGGCUUUGCUAGUAGUUCAAUAAAUAAAUGCCUUAUAUCUAUCUAUAUAUAUAAAAAUGAAUUGCUGUUCGUUAGUCUCGCUAAAACUCGAGAACGGCUGGAACGAUUUGACUAAUUUUGGUAUUGAAUUAUUUGUGGAAUUCCAGAGAAGGUUUAAAUGGUGAAUAAAUAGGAAAAUGCUGCUAAAUUAAAUAAAAACAACAAA